AGAGGCCAGCCACUGGCAUCUGCCAGCUCCGGGCCCCAGCGGCCACCCACUGCAGCUCAAAGUCACCUUUGCUCUGACUCCUCUCCUCGGCUGGCCAGCCAAAGCCAGCUCAGAACUCCCUCCCCUCCGCUUGGCAGGACCCAGGAACUGGUCCCUACUGGGCAAUUAUUAAUCAGAUUCUUGGCAUUCCUCAGCCCCAGGUUGGCUGGAGAAGCAUGUUCCCCAGAGGAGCAGAGGCCCAGGACUGGCAUUCGGACAUGCAGCUGACGGGCAAGGUGGUGCUGUCGGCUGCUGCCCUACUCCUGGUGACUGUGGCCUACAGGCUGUACAAGUCAAGGCCUGCCCCAGCCCAGAGGCGGGGUGGGAAUGCCCAGGCGGAAGCCAAGGAGGAAGCAGAGGGCUCAGGGCAGCCUGCUGCACAGGAGGCUUCUCCCGGGGCUCUGCAGAGGGGUGCAAGACGCCGGAGGAGCAGCAAGGGGUCUGAAGCACCACAGGGCUGCAGCUGGGAGAAUCCAAGAGGCCCCUGUGUCCUGGUCACGGGGGCCACUUCCACAGACAGGAAGCCCCAGAGAAAAGGCUCAGGUGAGGAGCUGGGCGGGCAGGGCUGGGACUCUGAGCAGGUGCCUCCUAGCUGCCGCGGCCAGGAAGCCAGAACAGCUGUUGGCGGUAACCCUGACCCUCCCCAUCUCCCCCGCUUGGGCAGUGAACCGCACAGCACCCCAGCUGGACUCAUGGCAGCAGCCGACGGCACCUGUGCCGGUGGUGAGCCUGCUCCAUGGCAGGACGGCAAACGCCCUGAGCCUCCAGGGCUGGGGCAACUGGAACCUCCCCACUGUCACCAUGUGGCUCCCUUGCAAGGCAGCAGAGACAUGAACCAGAGCUGGGUCUUCACCCGUGUGAUAGGGGUCAGCAGAGAAGAGCCUGGGGCUCUCCAGGCUGCCUCCGAUGUUGGCCUGACCCUGCAUCAGCAGGAGGGAGCCCCCAACGCCUCCUAUACCUUCUCGUCCAUAGCCCGGGUCCGAAUGGAGGAGAAUUUCAUACAGAAGGUGGAGGGGGUUGAGCCCAGGCUCAAAGGCAAGGUGUACGAUUACUACGUGGAAUCUACGUCUCAGGCCAUCUUCCAGGGCAGGCUGGCUCCCAGGACAGCAGCCCUGACUGAGGUUCCAUCUCCUAGGCCACCGCCAGGGUCCCUGGGAACAGGGGCAGCCUCGGGAGGCCAAGCCGGUGACACAAAGGGUGCAGCCGAAAGAGCCGCCUCCCCACAGCCAGGGCCGUCGCCCUCCAACCGAGGUUUUAGCCGGAAGGAGAGCCUCCUGCAGAUAGCGGAAAACCCAGAGUUGCAGCUGCAGCCAGAUGGCUUCCGGCUCCCCGCUCCACCCUGCCCAGACUCAGGCGCCCUGCCGGACUCAGACAGAAGCAGCCGGGAGCCCCAUGUGCACCUGGUGGCCGGGACUAAUUUCUUCCAUGUACCGCUCACCCCUGCUUCAGCCCCACAGGUCCGCCUGGAUCUGGGCAAUUGCUAUGAGGUGCUGACCUUGGCCAAGAGGCACAACCUGGAGUCCCUGAAAGAGGCGGCCUACAAGGUGAUGAGCGAAAACUACCUCCAGGUGCUGCGCAGCCCGGACAUCUACGGGUGCCUGAGCGGGGCAGAGCGCGAGCUGAUCUUGCAGCGCCGGCUCCAGGGCCGCCAGUACCUGGUGGUGGCUGACGUGUGCCCCAAGGAAGACUCGGGCGGCCUCUGUUGCUAUGACGAUGAGCAGGAUGUCUGGCGUCCGCUGGCUCGCCUGCCCCUCGAGGCCGUGUCCCGGGGCUGUGCCAUCUGCAAUCUUUUCAAUUAUCUCUUCGUGGUGUCCGGCUGCCAGGGCCCCGGGCACCAGCCCUCCAGCCGCGUCUUCUGCUACAACCCGCUUACGGGGAUCUGGAGCGAGGUGUGCCCGCUGAACCAGGCCCGGCCGCACUGCCGGUUGGUGGCCCUGGACGGGCACCUGUACGCCAUCGGCGGAGAGUGUCUGAACUCGGUGGAGCGUUAUGACCCCCGCCUGGACCGCUGGGACUUUGUCCCGCCGCUCCCCAGUGACACGUUCGCCCUGGCGCACACGGCCACGGCGUGUGCCAAGGAGAUCUUCGUCACCGGCGGCUCGCUGCGCUUCCUGCUGCUCCGCUUCUCGGCGCAGGAGCAGCGAUGGUGGGCCUGCCCCACCGGGGGCAGCAAGGACCGCACGGCCGAGAUGGUGGCGGUCAAUGGCUUUCUCUACCGCUUUGACCUCAACCGCAGCUUGGGUAUCGCCGUGUACCGCUGCAGCGCCAGCACCCGGCUCUGGUACGAGUGUGCCACGUACCGGACGCCUUACCCGGAUGCCUUCCUGUGCACGGUGGUGGACAACCUCAUCUACUGCGUGGGACGCCGGAGCACCCUCUGCUUCCUAGCAGACUCUGUCUCACCCAGGUUUGUGCCCAAGGAGCUACAGAGCUUCCCGGCCCCGCAGGGCACCCUCCUGCCCACUGUCCUGACCUUGCCCACCCCCGAUUUGCCUCAGACCAGGGUCUAGCAGUCCCUCAACUGAGCUCCUCAUGCAAAGCUGGGGGCCACAGGGCUCCACCGCCAGCCAUCUCUGUAGGCCAUUUCUAGGCAAUCACCAGGCAACCCAGGAAUGUGGCCAUCAAGAGGUGAAUUCCAGUCCUUUCUCCUCCCCUGGCUGGGGAGAGAGGGAUCUCAGAUGAGUCUUACCCUCCCUGGGCUGCAGAGGCCCCACUGCAGAAAAGAGGACCAGGAGCUUGUGUUUCAAGGCAGAAGGCAUUCAUGUCUUCAGGGAUGACCGCCCUGGCUUCAACUCUGAAUUCUUGGGGGGAUACACCAGGACCCCACCAAAGCAUAGGGGGCAUAGCCUUAUUGCAAUCACAAUUCUAGGAGCCAGUUGACCCCAGCAGCCCCUCCCUGGUUGCCCUGGAGAGGGGUUGGCUCUCUGAGUCAUCAGUGCCCGUUGGUAAACAUCAGCCACUGGGCCCCACCUCCACAGUUCCCAGAAGCACGGGGACACACAGGUGGGAAAGAUGGAGGCAGGUGACUUGGACAGGACUAGGAAGGAGCCCAGGGAGCCCCAGGGAGCCUGGCCAGAGGGAGUGAUGGUUUGAAAAGCAGAACAGCUGAAGCUGGGGCCAGCCUAGGAGAUUCUUGCUUGCCAGAAAAUGUACCAAAGCCCACCUUACUUUUCUCCUUAUUGGAAGAAAGAGAAGCACCCAUUGUACCAAGCUGUCUUCUGGUUAAGGUCUGCUGAGGAUGCACGGAGGUCUCAGCAAAGGGAAGAAACUAUGUGAUCCAAGCGCCACCCUGCUCCUCGGCCUUGCCCAUGUUAACUGACUGUUGCACUCAUUCCCAGAUCUGUAGACUGGGGCAGCCACCACCAGUCAGCACUUCAGAGGGACAGCAUAAUUGCCCUCCUUGUGCCAGGUGCGGUCACCUGGUUUGCCUCAUUCACAUUUUCAGGUCCAUGACCAAGUCGAGGAACUAGAAGAUUCUAGUGAAGCAUCCAGAGACUGGAUCUCCUUUCACAUCGGGUUUGAUAAACUCUGAAUGAAGGAGACCCCCAGCCUCAGGAAGGCACCUGUCCUUCCAGGAGGGAAGGGAGAGAGCCUGACCCAGUGUAUUGCCACAGCCCUUUUUCCACCUCUGAGGGAGACAGUGAAAGAUGGGAAGGCAGUGAUGCUCUUGGUCCCAGCCAGAAGCCAGGGGAGAUGGGAGGUACACCAGAGCAGAGCCUGACAAGGAAGAAAAUAAGGAUGCUUUGGACCUCAGUGUCCUUGUCUUGAAAGUGAGAAGGACAAUUCAUGUCCCUAUCUGCCCUGGGGAUAAAUGAGAGCCCCCAAGAGAAAGCUCCUCCCAGUUUCCCAGGUGUUGCCAACUAGAGCCUGUGUCCACUGAUGCUGUUGGGGUCCAGGCCGUGGGUCUUGUUGGAAGAAGCAGGACUGGAACAAAAGAUGAAAAAGAGGUUGGCAUGGACAUAAGAGGAGAGCUUGCACUGGACCACCAAAGGCCACCAUCCCUAGUCUGGGCUCGGGCGCCAGGCUCUGCCAAUGGCAGCUCAGAGGCCACAGGGUGCCAUUGCCCACGCCCCUGCCCCACUUCCCUGGCCUGGGCCUUGAAAGAUGAAGCAGCUGAGUUUAUUCCUAAAUCAGAGACCAGGAAGGGAAAGUCAGCUGGGGCCAUGGCUGCCUUCUGGGGAGAGUGACCCCCGUCCGCAGGCAAAGUCACAUUCAAGCUCAGUGUCAACACUAGCCAUGAACCUCCAAGGGACCUGUGGGCUGGGGGAGAAUGGCUUCAGUGACAAGACUCAAAGGAGGCACUAGCAUUGUGCUGCUGGACUGGGGGAAGGACUUGCUUGAGAGGAGAACCCUACAUAGGAGCUGGGGGAAGGUGGACCCAGAUCUAACCUUCAACCCCUAGUGAAGGGCCAGGCAGAGGACGAGGCAACACCCAAGCUAGGUAAAGUUCUGGAAAGGUUCCAAGCCCAGGAGGAACAAGGACCACUCUGGAAAAACAUUCUGAAGCCCAUUGCAUACCUGUGUUAGAGACUAGGGGAGUGAUUCCAGGGAUAAGACGGACAAAUGUGUUCCAGGCCCCAACCCGUGGUGGGUGUGGUCUUCGUAAUGAGAGGGGGAGCUGAGAUUUGGGCCUGGGCUGGGAAGAGAAGUACACAGUCCAUCUGAUCCACCUCUCUUUUGGUUCCAUUGGCAAAAUCAUUCAUCAGUCACCAUAUCUUCUCCUGGCAAGCCCUCACAAUGGCUUCAUAAGUGUUGCAACACAGUGUCCCAGGCUGUCACUACCUGUGGAUUAGAGCAGAUGUGCUGGCCUGGGGCUGUAGAGCUGGGCUUCAGGAAGAAUGUGGUCGGGGCCAUCAGGGUGGAACAAGGUAGCUCAAGACCUUGGAAAGACCCCCUGAGGGCACAAUGGUCCUUGCAGUAUAAGAUGACACUUUAAAAAUAAAUUCUCCUAAUGAUGGCUUGAGUCCUGCCACUCAAUGGGAGCAUCAGCAGAACCUGUAGCAUCUUAUUUGGACUUGACAUUCUCUAUUGUAAUUUUGUUCCUGUUUAUUUUUAAGUUUUCUUUUUGUUUCACUGGAAAGGAAAGAUGAUGCUCAGUUUUAAACAUUAAAAGUAUACAAGUUACUUUGUUACAAUAAAACUAAAUAUGUACACACACCAACAAAAAAAAAAAUGGUCAGGAUAUGUUUUUUCGCUCCUGAAAUAAACAUUUACAGAAUAUUUGGGCUGGGCAGUGUUCUAGGUGCUGGAGAUGCAGCAGAUCCCUGCCUUAAUGGAGCUCACAUUCUAGCAAAGGAAAAUGGACACUUUUAAAAAGAAAUACAUUGAACCUAGUACCUAGGCUGCAUAUACACUAAGGAGAAAACCAAGGCAGGGACAUGGGAUGAUGAGUGCCGGAGGAAAGGGGUUGCUCUUUUAAAUCAUGUAAUCAGGCCUCCCUUAUAAUGACAUUUGAACAGGGACCUGAAUGGAAAUCUGGGAGAUGCAUAGACCAGAACUGGCUCUGGGAAUGAGAACGGUGGCCUUGCUGCCAGAAGGACUUUGCUGUGCCCACCAGGGAGAGCACGGCUGCUUCCAAGGAGCACCAUCUUGGGGUAGAAAGAAGGACAGGGGCCCAGCUAUUCUGGUUUAGCCUUUGGUGUAAGGGAAAAAAUCUCAAUUACACCUACAUUUACAACACAUAGGAGCGAGAGCCAGCGUCCUUACCAAAAUGUUGCAGACCCUAUACUCAGGUGUGCAGCUGAGAUGACUUCAUGGGGCCAGAGUCUCAGAUUUCUACUUGACUUUACUUAAUAACCUGGGGUCUGUUGGCCUCCUGCCCUUAGCCUCAGAGUGACAUCUGUGUCACUCGGCUUCUUGCUUUUCCAAUAGGAAUUCUUUCUUCUACAGAAAAACAAACAAAAAAAAUUAAAUUUGGGUCGCUUUCCACUUUAAACCAACCAUGCCCAUUACAG